AUGCCUUAUUCUUCGACCUCCUCCCCUUCGCCCACCACUACUUCCAGUCCAUCACGAACGACCACAUCAGCUUCGGACGGUCUGGUACAAUGGGUAUCGUAUACUGGCGAAUCAACUACUACAAUUGAUUAUAUAGAUUCCAAUGGGAACUUUUAUGUAGCUUCAUCCUCAUAUUCAUCUUCAUCGCCUUUAGUCGGAUCAUCAAAAAGUACUUUGUCAUUAUCGGCUUCUACCGUUCAAAGUGGGAGUGGAACUUAUGGACAGUACGGACCUUCACCUACACCUAUCGGCGGUGCAAGUUCGAGUUCGGGCUUGGCAUCAGCGUCUAUAUCUAGUAUGAGUGGGAGUGGAAAUAGCACCGAACAGAAUGCUGGUACGAAUAGCGAUACUCAACCUCAAGGCAAAGGGAUGCCUUUAUAUGUGAUUAUCAUCAUCUCUGUGAUAGUUACGUUGGGAUUGGUGGGAUGUUGUUCAGGUUGUUGGAUAUAUAGACGAAGGCGAAAUAGAAGAAAUGGACAAAGGGCUAGAUCUAGGAUAAGUGAAAAUGAAAAUGAAGGUGAUGAAUAUAAGCACGAAGGAUAUUCACCAUCGACUACGACUGGUUCAUAUCCACCACCACUAUCUCAAAGGGAUUUAGCCAACAUUUUAAUCACUUCAUCUGGUCGAUCUCAAUCACCAUUAACGCCCAUACCCAACUCUGCAACUCCCUUCAUCCCUCAUUCUGGGCGAAGAGGAACAAGGACAGAUUCACUCUACACCGAUAAUUCAGAAUUUGACAUGCUGGCUCAAGAUGGUUCGUCAUACGCCAGAACCUUAUCGACUUAUAGUGAAGGUAUCAAUUCUGAAUAUUCCGAAAGAGAUCUCGGAGGUGGUGUUGGUACGGGGACUUACAAUUCUGCGACACCACUGCAGAUGAAUGGUAGAUCAUUGAUUAGACCUAGGUUGGAAGUUGAUACCAAAUCACCUGAUGGUCCCUCGUCUUCAACGUCACCUUCAAACACAUAUACGAACACAAAUACGAAUAAUACUUUUUCACCUUCACACUGGAAUACUCUCACUUCGAAUUCAUCUUCAAAUUCGGAUACCCACACUCACACUCGUGUAUUAACUGUCCCAACGGGUACUCUGAUCUCACCGUUCUCCGAUCCCGAAGUACACUCAUACGCUACUCAACCUCCCAUUUCACCAAUCUCAAUGACAUCUACCAAUCGAUCAUGGAGAACCGAAGAUGAAGUUUUACUUAUGGCUCGUCCUUCACCAUCUGUUAGAAGUCCAGGUAACAGCUCCAAUGGUUUACAGAGAGGUACGACGAUCGUUAGACAUACCGAUGGAGGAGCAGCGUUAGUUAAUCCUUUCGAAAGAGAGGAGGAGGAACGGUCACCCCCUAGUUAUGGAGAAUUAUAUCCUCAGGAUAGAUAG